AUGGUUGCCGAAACUAAGAAGGCGGCCACCGAGGAGCCGAAGAAGAGUAUCUUCUCUUUCUUCAAGUCCUUCAAGACGUGCUUCACCUACCUCGAACUACUCUUCGCCGCUGGUCCAACAUGGGUCGACUACGCCCUCAUCGCAUUGGGUACUCUGUGCGCAGUUGGAGCUGGUGUUCCAUUCCCUCUCAUGGGUGUUCUUUUCGGGCAGCUUAUAGACAACUUCAACGGCGCGACAUGUGCGGCUGAUGGCAGCAACUCAGGUGCCAGCGAAGCUGCCUCGGAUCCUCUUCAAUAUGAGAACGCUAUCAACGACAAGGUCAUAAAGACAGCUUGGAUUGGCGCAAUUGCGCUUGUUCUCAUCUAUGGUCACCUUACAUGCUGGAACAUCAUUAGCCAACGUCUCGCACAACGUCUACGAACACGCUAUGUAUCGGCUCUCUUGCGACAACCACCAGAGUUCUUUGACACUCGUGGCGCUUCUGGCCAAGUCUCUAGCCGACUUCAGGGCGACAUCACCGCCGUCCAGGCCGGUACAUCCGAGAAGGUUGGAAACAUUAUCACUACCUUGAGCUUCUUUGUCACCGUCUUCAUCAUUGCCUUCACAAAACAACCCAGACUCGCUGGUAUCCUUAUAUGUAUGCUUCCUGCAUUCUUGCUCUCUGGAAUCUUGGGAGGGAGAUACCUGGGAAAAUACGUUGUCAAACAGCUGGAAGCCUCUACUGCAGCAUCUUCUAUUGCUUCCGAGGCUUUGUCCCAUGUCGCUGUCGUUCAAGCUUUUGGCGCUGCGCCUCGCCUUGAAGAGAAGUUCGCAGAGCAUAUGGCCCGCUCUCGCAAGUACGCGAUCGCUAAAUCUUCCAUUGCUGCCGUGCAAACAGGCCUCCUCUACUUUAUUGCCUACUCGGGCAAUGCUCUAGCCUUCUGGCAGGGUAGCAAGAAGAUUGUGGAGUCCGUGGCAAGAAAUGAUGGAAACACCACUGUCGGUGAGAUUUACGCUAUUGUGUAUCUUCUUGUAGAUGCAUGCGUAAUGCUUGGUGGAAUGGCACCUACUCUGCCUUUCUUAGGAGCAGCUGUGGGUGCAUUCCAGAGACUAAAGGAAGACAUAGACGCCCCGUCUUCUAUCGACGGCACCUCAAGUGAAGGCACUGUACUUCCUGCGACUGGGGCAAAGUCCCUUGCCUUCCGUAAUGUCUCAUUCGAGUAUGCAUCUCGCCCCGGUCAAGCUGUUCUCAAGAACGUUGAUCUUGAGUUCCCUGCUGGAAAGUACACGGCCAUCGUUGGCCUUUCUGGCAGUGGAAAGUCCACCAUUGCAGCACUGAUUGCCCGUCUACAUGAUCCUACCGAGGGUAAAGUCGAGCUCGAAGGCCAUGACUUGCGGGAGCUUAAUGUCAAGUCUCUUCGAAGUUUCAUCAGCUUUGUUCAGCAGGAGCCAUCACUUCUUGAUCGGUCCAUACUUGAAAACAUCGCACUUGGUCUGAUUAACUCGCCUAAAGACUCUCACCAACAUUUGAAGCCUCUUCUCAAGGGCCCGGAGCUUGCAAAGAUGGCCGCACAAGGCAAGGAAGCACUCAGCUCAGCCGCAUCUCUUGGACCCGAGUUUGCUGAAAUCGCCGAAUUGAUCCGUCACGCUACAGAGCAGGCUGAUGCAGCCGGUUUCAUCAAUCGUCUAGAGCUCGGUUAUGGUACAUCCGCUGGACCCAAGGGAUCACUCGUCAGUGGCGGACAAAGACAGAGAAUUGCACUUGCCCGAGCCUUGAUUCGCGAUCCUGAGAUCCUUGUUCUCGAUGAAGCUACCGCGGCUCUCGAUUCUGCUAGUGAAAAGAGAAUCCAGCUUGCUGUUGAACGUGCUGCUGCUGAGAAGCGAACCAUCAUCUCGAUUGCCCAUCGGCUAUCGACUAUCCGUAACGCUGAUAACAUCGUUGUCAUGCAAGCGGGACAGGUUGUUGAGCAGGGAACCUAUGACGAGCUUAUGGCCAAGGAAAAUGGCGAAUUCGCAAACAUGGCUAGACUUCAGACUGUCGGUAACAAAAGCGGUCCAGCAUCUGUGGAUGGUGAUUCGAUUGGAGCUUCCACUCUCCGAGCAGACACUCAAUUAAAUGAGAAGGUCGACUUCUCCGAGACCCAUAAGUCAUUAGACACUCAAUCGUCUGAAAAGGACAAGGAGGAGGCGCCCAAGAAGGACGAAGAAGUAAAGGAUCACGAACUCGAUGAAGUGAAACCUUUCAGCUCCGUCAUGAAGGGUAUCGCCUGGUUAAUUCGGCCAUCUCUAGGCUGGUUUGCCCUUGCCAUGAUUGCUGCAGUCUUUGUUGGAGCCACUUUCUCCGGUUCAGGUAUCAUCUUUGGUUUUACCGUUGGGGCACUCAAUCCGUGUGCCAAUACUCUCGACCACAUUCGUUCCAUGGGAAAUAUGUUUGCUGGCCUCUUCUUCAUGCUUGCUGGAGUUGAGUUGAUAGCAAACUUCUUCGCCUGGUUGGGUUUUGGUAUUGUUGCUGAGAGACUUCUUUACAACCUGCGCGUGUUGUCUUUCCGAUCCCUGCUAGAACAAAGCAUUCACUGGCACCAAUCUGAAGGUCGCACUCCUACCAGUUUGCUUGGAAUCAUCACCAAAGACAGCAUGUCUGUGGGUGCUUUCAGUGGAUCAACAUUUGGUACCGUCUUUGCCAUUCUGAUCAAUGUCCUAAUUGCCAUCAUCAUCUCCCACAUCUUUGCUUGGAAGAUUGCCUUGGUCUGUCUUGUUACGCUUCCUAUUCUGCUUGGCUCAGGUUUCAUGCAGCUGCGUAUGCUGGCGCGGUAUGAGGAGCGUCAUCAAGCAGCCUUCUCGACUGCCACUUCGCUCGCUACAGAGGCCAUUCAGUCCAUUCGGACUGUCGCUGUUUUAUCACUAGAGAAUGAGUACAUGGAAGGUUUCUCACGCCUUCUUAAGCCACCAAAGAAGGAGGUUGUGCGGGCCUCAGUAACGACAAAUAUCUGGCUAGCCAUCUCGUACACAACUGGUACCUUCAUCAACGCUCUCGCAUAUUGGUGGGGCUCACAGCUCAUCAUGAAAGGAGAGUAUACCCAAAAGGACUUCCUCAUUAUCCUGGUGGCUAUGCUGACAAGCGCCCAGCUCUGGAGUGGUAUGUUCUCCCUUGCCCCAGAGUUCUCACGCGCUCGUCUUGCUCUAUCUCGUGUUAUGACGGUCGUCAACAUGGGCAGCAGCACUCAUACUGGAAAACCUGGACAAGACCCGUCCAAGGCGGGAGAUGAUCCGGAGGCUGCAGGAGGAGAAAAGCCACUCAGUCCUGCGGAAAGUCAUGGUCGUGGCGGCGCAAGAGUAACAUUUAAGAAUGUUUCCUUCUCCUAUCCAAGCCGACCAGAUGCCACUGUCCUCGACAAUGUCUCCUUCACACUUCCACCAAACCAGUUUUGUGGUCUUGUUGGUCCUUCGGGAGCCGGCAAGUCUACCAUCAUGAACAUUGUUCAACGUUUAUACGAGCCUACUGCCGGUACAGUCCUUAUCGACGACCGGGAUAUCACCACGCUUUCUACAUCAUUCCGUGACAGUAUUGCUCUUGUUCCCCAAGAGCCUGCCCUAUUUGAUGGCAGUGUGCGUUUCAAUGUCGGUCUGGGAGCACCUCCUGGCCACGAGGCUACAGAUGCUGAGAUCGAAGAAGCUUGUCGCUUGGUAAAUAUUCAUGAUGUUAUCGCAGCCCUCCCUGAUGGUUAUGAUACAGAAUGCGGUCCCUCUGCUUCUCGUCUGUCCGGUGGCCAAAGACAACGUCUCGCCAUUGCCCGUGCUCUUGUCCGUCGUCCACGCCUAUUGCUUCUCGAUGAAAGUACCAGCGCUCUCGAUGCUGCCAGCGAAGCAGCUCUUCAAGAAGGUCUCGAGAGGGCAUCGAGAGGCACAACUGUAUUGGCAAUUACUCAUCGAUUGCAUACCGUUCAAAAGGCUGACGUAAUCUUUAUUGUUGAAGGAGGGCAAAUCGUGGACAGUGGACGACACUCUCAGUUAAUGGAGCGAAGAGAGAGCUACAGAGUGAACGCGAUGCAGCAAAUGUUGCAAUAA